GCAGGUACUAUCUCUUCAUGCACGGCUAUCUAAUCACAACAUGCUCCCCCGCCUCGCAUCCGGGGAAUAUGCUCUGGUGAAGUCCACGUCCAGCUUUCCUCCACUGCUUGCUAAAAGCACGCUCUUCACCCACCGAACACUGUAGUCAAGUUUGUACUUCCACACCCACAAGUACGGCAGAAAUGACAAACAUGCGGUUCUUAGCAGGCUGGGUUCCUCUGCUCUGCGCUGUCGCGACACUGGCAGCACCAAAUGCCCUUCCCGCUAAUCCCGAGCCUGCUCACAACGUAGAGCCUGGCGCACAACCAAUUGCAGAACCAGCCCCAGCAGCAACCGAGUUUCUAUACUACCAAGUCGAGUUGAAGCCGCGUGAUGGGAUCGGUGCACCCGUCACAGUCCUUGCGCGAGAGCCACAAGCAGCAGCACCUACCACAACCUAUUCACUAAGCUUCACAACCGGCCUCAACCUUACCAACGUCACAGAUUCGGCCGGUAUGGCCACCGGACCUGCCCAGAUUGCAACAGGCGCGUUCACUGCGCUCGACGGCGGUGUUUACGACGUGAUUAGCGAAAGCGGCUACUUCAAUAUUGACGGCAAGACUCUUUACCCAAACCAAGGUGCGCUCAUUGGCAACGAGCCCGUGACGUUCGCCAGCAAUGGUCUUAUGGCCAACGGCGUUACGGUCCAGCUCACCAACGUAACGACGUCUUCUGCGGCCGCUACGCAAGCGACCAUCAGCGGUUCAAUAAGUGGCACCAUCCUUUUCUCCACGUAUGUUACUACCAGCACUCGCAGCGAGAGUGCAGUGAGUACGAUCUCGUCCGUCAUAAGCAUUACGACCACGGCCGCGGCGCCAGCAAAGACCGCAGCAGGUCACAUGGUGGCGGCAGCUGGGUGCUUACUUGGACUGGUCGUGUUGUAAACGGGUAUACGAACGAAGUUCUAGUGAGGAGCUUCGUUGCAAUACCAUGAUUCUCUGUCGGACAACAGCUCAUUUUUACCGGCUGAGGAGGCUGAGAGACAUCGAGCAAAUGGCCACCGUUAGCCGUCGCUUGCACAAUUCUUUGACACCCGGACUGGUGUGGAGCCUUGGUGGCGUCUAAUAACUGAUUGAAGCGAAGUACGGAGUGCAGAAGACGAGCCGUGCUGGCCGGUGAAAGAUGGUGUCUGAUCUAUCAAUACAUUCACAGAAAGCUUGACAUGCCACAGAGGCAUUCACAACCC